AUGAAUGAACAAAACGGAACAAAAUAUUCAAAUUAUGAUCAACUUAACAAUAAAUUAUUACUUAUUAAUGAUCCUAAUAAUGAACGAGUGAUAUUAAAUGUUGGUGGACUUAAAUAUGAAACUUAUAGGUCAACGUUAAAAAAAUACCCAGACACAUUGCUUGGGAUGUUAUUUCAAGAUAAAAAUAAACAAUUUCUUGAAGCAAUGAAUGGAAAUGAAUAUUUUAUUGAUCGUAAUGGAUAUGCAUUUCGAUACAUUCUUGAAUAUUAUCGUAAUGGUGAAAUAUAUUGGCCUAAUGAAAAUUCUGAUGAAAGUAGCCAUAGUUUUACGACAGUUUCAAGACGAGAAUUGAGAGCAGAAUUGGAUUUUUUCCAAAUACCAGUUGACAUUUCAAUUAAUGCACCUUUGAAUCAGUUUGUUUCUAAUGAAACGUUAUCAGAUAAAUUAGAUGGAUUUAUUACAGCAUUGAAAAGUAGUAUAUUUGAGGCAGAAUUCAAUUUUCGUAAAUCAGUCAAUAUACAAUUUCAUAAUAAUAUUGGUGGAGAUAUUAGUAAUGUGAUGUAUAUUGUUAGUCCUAGAAUUGAAAAAAUUGUAAAUAGAUUGAGGCCUUAUGAAAGUUGUGGCUAUAGUAUAUUGAGGUUAUUUGGCGAAAAAAUCAAGACUCACAUUUAUAUGACUAUACCUUGUAUUAAAUGUAAUGUAACAAAAAAAUCUAGUCCUGACAGUUUUAUUAUUGAUUUAAUACUUGAAGAAGAAUUUGAUGUUAAAGUUAUUGAAGAUAAUUCUAAGCAUCUAAGAUCUUUAGAUAUUAUGUGA